GAAGAAGACUAUUCAUCUUAACCGAAGACUACUGAUAAAGUGACGUUUCCUCUCCACUAACCCCGAGAGAACGUGUGAUUGAGACCAGUAAUCAGAUCAGCUGAGGAUUCAAUGGAGCCAACUCAAAGUACAGUGGAUUUUCUCUAGCUGUUUUUGGACAUUGCCAUGGAGGAGGGAGUAUCAUGGAUUUUGUGAGGGGUUCCAGUGUUCCCAGAGCGCACUACACAAUGGUUGGAGAGGCGCUGCGUUAUGUGAUCCCCUGUCAUAUGCAGUGCUCAAUGGGAUGUGGAGGACAAGCCUGCAAAUACGAGGACCCUUCGCACUGGAGUGAAGACCAGCAGGCCAUACAAGGAAUCUACUCUUCCUGGAUUACUGAUGAUAUGCUUGCAAUGGCCCGUCCUUCCACUGAAAUAAUUGAAAAAUUCAACAUAAUCGACCAGUUUUUGAGACGUGGUUUGAAGACAAUCAUUAACCUCCAGUGCCCUGGUGAACAUGCUAGCUGUGGAAACCCGCUGGAUUCCGACAGUGGCUUUACUUACCGACCAGAGACAUUCAUGGAGGCUGGCAUAUAUUUCUACAACUUUAGAUGGAUUGACUACGGUGUGGCAUCUCUCACAUCUAUCCUGGAUAUGGUUAAAGUCAUGUCUUUUGCUAUCCAAGAAGGCAAAAUCGCUGUUCACUGUCAUGCCGGGCUUGGCAGAACAGGUGUGCUCCUGGCCUGUUACUUGCUGUUCACCACACAGAUGACAGCAGAUCAAGCCAUUCUGUUAAUUCGAAACAAGCGACCAAACUCCAUCCAGACUCGAGGACAGCUCCAGUGCGUCAGGCAGUUUGCUCAGUUCCUCGUCCCGCUAAGAAACCUGUUUGCUAACGCUGAGCCCAGAGCUCCGGCUGUUACUCUUUCCCAGUUCCUGAUCCGUCAGAAACACAUCCUGCAUGGACUGGAGGCCCGGCAGUUGAGAUACGUGCCAAAGCUGGUUCCGCUCAUCUGCAGGCUCCUCCUGGAUAUCGCGGAGAACCGUCAGGUUAUUGAGGAGGACAUCGUUGAGGUUCCUGACGUCACGCCGUUGGUGGAGAAAACAUUUAAUGAAAAUUCAAUACAUAGCUUUAACAGAGAGAUGCUGGCAAAUGGGAUGGCUAUGAUCAGGCCACGUCUUCCAGGACUACCCAAAACCAACAGAGACAACUCACAGCCGCUUUACUACGUCCGUAAGAGCCUUAGCUACAGCGAUUCCGACUUGCGGAGGUUAGCAGAAUCUCUGAACCUUCCAGAUAACCCUCUGUGUGUGUUGGCCAGCAUGCAGUUGUCUUCCAUGAGCAAUCAGCUGGAGGCUUUUAGCUGUGUGUCCCAAAACAGUCCGGCUCCUCCGCUAGGGGCCUGUAAAGGCAAUGCCAUCUACAGCUCCAGCAGCAAUUUAUGGGAGCUGAAGACUUUGAUGGACCAGACAGAGGGAUCUCCUCUGCUCAAAAACAGGAGGCAGUCUUUUCUGCAGCGAAGCAGGUCUCUGGGCGUUUCAGAUGAGCAGAACAUCAAUAGCAUCGCCAGAAUACUGUCCUUCUGGAGGAAAGACAGGAAGAAGAGUACCGACCUAGAAGAGACUGUAAUUACAGAGAAAGAGCACUCGGAGGUGCCCUUCAUCACUGUCCAGUCAGAGCUGUCUCUGGAGUCCCGCCGCCUGCUUGUGGCUCAGUCUAUUGCAGUGGACCUGGAGAAGGAUGGAGAGAAGCAACAAAUUCAGAAAGUGGCUGCUUGGCAGGUGGAUCUUAAUCGGCAGGGUGCGUGGGAGCGACUGUGUUUGGAAAAAGACCCCUUUAUUCUGACUGGAAUCCUGUGGUCGUGGCUGGAGCAGCUCAGAGAACCAAUCAUAUCAGCUGAUGACGUCCACAUGCUUACAGAGUCCCAUCCGGACCCCCAAACCAUACUCAGCAGCCUAGACAGGGCUUCGAGGGAAACGGUGAUAUGCAUUCUGGACUGUUUCGCUCAUUUGUUCACAGUUCCUGAGGAGGUUGAAAGCGCGUUUCUGGAGCGAGCUACAAAGGCUUUCACAAAGGUGAAAAACGCAGACGAUGGGAAGAGCAUUCACGAAGUCAUGAAGAAGGUCUUGAAGCUGGUUCUGGAUCAUCUGAGGUCGAUCGCUAUGAAUGAGGUUGAGGUGUAGCAGGUUAAUCACAAACUAAAUUAACAGUAGUAAAGAUGCACCGCACACAUCUGCUUUGUCAGCUGAUUGAAAAGGGACGGUACAUAUCUCAGGUCUUGAUUCAGAUGAAUGUCAUGCACAACUUAACGUAGACUGAAUUACAAUGCUUUGUUGGGGUCAAAAGUUGAUUGUUUUGAUGGCAGAAGUCACACUGUUAAUGUAUUAUGUGCCAUGGUGCUAAUUCUUGACAAGCAUUGCAACUGAAACCUCAUUUUUGUACCAUCUU